UUUCAUUGUCGGUGUUUUUCACCCUUUGUUUCUGAUUUUUUUGUGCGAAUAACCAGUAAAAUUCUCCAGUGCUUCGUCAUCGAAAAAACAAUGGGGGGUAAAAGUCUCAGGUAUCGUGGAAAGAAGAAAAGGCCAAUAAACGAAACACGAAUACCGAGCCAAGAAACAUCCGAAAUCAAGAAAGUCGAUCCUCGCUGUUCAAAACCACAUCGUCUCAUCGUCACCGACAAAAAAACAGACAUUCCGUUUCUCCUUGCCCCCGAUGCUCAAGUAAGUCUCUUUCCAAAAUUUCUCAUUGAAGAAAAUUCCAAGGAUAUCAAUAAUCGCAUUGAACAUAGCGAUGUUCUUGUUGACAGUUCAGGUACGAUUAUUUACACCUCCGGUCAAAUAACUCUCACAAUAGACCUUGGAUUAGGUAAACUCUUCUCCUGGAAAUUCACACUGGUAAAUUUCGAGAGACCAAUAAUCGGCCGGGAUUUUCUGUCGCAUUUUCAACUUCAGAUAAAUUUCCAGAGAAUGUGUCUCAUGAACGUGGAAGCCGGGCUCGAAACAACGAGAAUUUCGACAGUGGCUUGUGAAUGUCACAGAAAUGAUAAUUCUGACGAUGGUUGGCCGAAUAUAACAGCGAUUUUUAAAAGGUCAAUAAAACAUCGGAACCAUAUCAUAGAUAAAAAUUCAAACAAGGCAUUUCUUGUUGGGUUUUCUUCACAAGUUAGCGUUUUUCCGAAAUCAGAGGUGAACGACGAGGAUUUGGAGCCUUUUAAUGGUUCGUUUGAACUCCAUUGGCUCUCUGGAAAAGUUGCACAUGUUUUAGGCUGGAAUAUUCAAAAAUUGGAUUUUGGUUUGGGACGAGAAUUUACUUGGAAGUUCGCAGUCAUCGAUAUCGAUAAACCAAUAAUUGGUUUUGAUUUUAUAAACUAUUUUGGCCUCACGCAACAGUUAAAAAUGGGAUAUUUGAGUCUUUUUGAUUCUGAAACAAAUAUGGCAACUCCUGCACCUUCUGGCCCUUGCGACUGUGGACAUUUUCGAGAAGGUUGGCCCAAGUCAUGUUUUUUGAUUCCAGCAUGCCCUGAACACAAUACUGAACCGUCGUCAGUAUUUAAGGAACUUUUAACGGAGGUCCAAUCGUCGAAAGAAAAUACUGAACCAUUGAGGAAAAGUAAUCAGAAUCUUAAAGAGUCCAGUCCCAAUUCUGAAGCUUCGAAUGGGACUCUUAAACCCUUCAGUCAAAAUUCGAGAGGGUUUCAAUUAACCAAAGAAAAAUCAGAAACAUUGAAAUCAUCUGAAUUAUCUGAAGCAGAUCUUGAACCAGUCAAUGAAAAAUCUACAAAGUUUGAUCAAUAUCCUGAACCUUUCACUCGGAAUCCUAAGACGUUUCAUCAACGCUUUAGAGAGCUCGAACUGCUGAAUAAAAGUACUGAACCCUUGAGCCAAAGUUCUAAAGAGUCCAAUCAGUAUCCUCAACCCUUCAAUCAGAACCUUAAACCUUUUAGUCAAAGUUCGAGAGUGUUACAACCAGUCGAAAAAAUUCCUACACCAUUUACACAAAAUCCUAAAGAGUCUAAUAAAAUUUCUAUAGAUAAGCGAAGUAUCGAAUCACCUAAUCAAAAUUUCAAAGAAACUCAACAAGAUCGUUUAGAGAUGUUUAGAGAAAAAGAAGAAAUAUCUAAACCGGUGGAAAAACCACCUAGGGGGAGCAAUAGAAAUUUCAUGAAACUGGAUAACAAAUAUAAUCUAAAAGAAGAUUCUAGAAAUGCAGGAAAUGAAUUCGGAUCAAACAAUAAAAAAUCGACAUUACCCAGAAAUGAAAAUCCGCAUGAUAAAGUUAAGGAGCAACCUCGAACAAUCAGCAAACAUUCUUUAAAUCUGGGUAUCAGGUCUAAUCUAAAAGAGGAUUCUAGAAGUGCAACAAAAGAAUCUGGAUCAGUCAGUGAAAAAUCAGCAUCACCCAGAAACGAAAAUUUUAAAGAUAAAGCAAAGGAUCAACCUCGGGCAAGUAAGGCAAAUUCUUCGAAACUGGAUAUCAAAUCAAAUUUAAAAGAGUAUUAUAAGAAUGAAAGAGACGAAUUUGAAGCAGUCAAUAAAAAAUCGACAUCACCCAAAAACGAAAAUCCUCAAGAUAAAACAAAGGAUCAACCUCGGGCAAAUAACAGAAAUUCCUCGAAACUGGAUAAUAAGUCUAAUUUAAAAGAGAAUGCAAGAGAAGAAUCGGGAUCAAUCAAUAAAAAAUCCGCAUCACCCAAGAAUGAAAAUCCUCAAUAUAAACUAAAGGAUCAACCUCGGGCAAACAACAGAAAUUCCUCGAAACUUGAGAACAGAUCUAAUCUCAAAGAGGAUUAUAGGAACGAAAGAGAUGAAUCUAAAGCAGUCAAUAAAAAAUCUACAUCACCCAAAAAUGAAAAUUCUCAAGAUAAAUCCCAGGAUCAACCUCAAGAAAAUAACAAAAAUUCCUUGAAACAGGAUAGCAAAUCUAAUCUAAAAGAGGAUUCUAGGAAUGCAAGAGAAGAAUCUGGAACAAUCAUUAAAAAGCUUACAUCACCCAAAAAAGAGAAUUCUCAAGAUAAGCUAAAAGAGGAACUUCAGACAAGCAACAGAAAUGUCUCGAAUUUGGAUAACAAAUUUAAUAUAAAACAUCGUUUUCAUGUAACCGAUAUAGAAACCAAAUUGCACUUUCUCAUAGGAACUGAGUCCGAACUCAGUGUCUUUCCACAGGAAAGAGUGAGAAAAGAAAGAAGAGAGCCGUUUGAUGGUUCCUUUGAAGUUUCCGGUGGUUUUGGAAAAAUAGAAAAGAUUUUCGGAUGGACGACACAGGUCAUAGAUAUCGGACUGGGAAGAAAAUUCACCUGGAAAUUUGCUCUCAUUAACAUCGGUAAGCCAAUACUUGGCUGGGACUUCAUAAGCCACUUUGGGCUUUCAUUUCACACUGGAGGUCUCCUAGAUCUUGAGACAAAAAUAACGGCUCCACCUCCUGAUGGACCUUGUGAUUGUGGAAGCAUCAAUGACGGAUGGCCAACUUUUGUUAACUUCAUGAAAGUUCCGAUAAAGGAAAAGCCUAAUCGUAUAGAAGAAGAAUCAGUGUUAGUCAGCGAAGCAGCUGCAAUAAAAGACGACUCACAACUGGCAUUAUCCGACAACAAUUCUACACCAUCCAAACGAAGAAGAUCUAAAAAAAAGGUGAAAUCGACUGAAGAUGACACCCAAACUAAAGCAGAGGAAGAAGAAAGCACCGCAGUUGAAUCUUCAACAUCAACUGCAAAAGGCCCACUUUCAACAUCGAAAGAAGAAAAAACUGAAGCAAAAAUAUCUGAAAUAAGCAACACAUUGUCACAGGUGGACCAUGAAUUUCCUAUAAAACAUUGUUUUCAUAUCACGGAGAAGGAGACGAAGAUUUCUUUUUUGAUAGACACACAGUCGGAAAUUAGUGUCUUUCCAGCAUCAAAAAUGGGUAAAAAGCCUUUAGAGACACGUCAGGAUUCCUACGAAAUUGUCGAAUGUGAUGGAACGGUUGUGCCAGUUCUUGGCUGGACAACCCGAACAUUGGACAUUGGAAUAGGAGAACGGUUUUCCUGGCAAUUAGCAGUAAUUGACAGUGCAAAAACAAUCCUAAGUCGCAAUUUUCUUGAAAAAUUUAAUCUUGGAAUAAACCAUAAAAAGCAGAUUAUUUACAACAAAUAUGGUAGAUUUUCUAAAUUUCUAUCAGAACCUUGCAAUUGUCCAGAAUCUAACUUGACAUCAUCAACUUCCCUGAAGAUAAGACUAGUUCCACAUACAAUUAAACACCAUUUUCACCUUUUAGAUAAAAAUUCCAACAUGUUAUUUUUUGUCUCGCAAAUGUCAGAAGUUAGUUUUGUACCAAGAUGUCAGAUUCCCAGAUGCUUUAUGGAAGUUUCUAAAAAUUCGGAAAUUAUAGAUUGCGCCAGAGUAGUUCUUCCAGUUUAUGGAUAUGUGACUCUCAAAAUAGAUUUUGGAUUAGAGCGAGAAUUCGAAUGGAAGUUUGCAGUCGCCGAAACCCUCAGGCCAAUAAUUGGUUUAGAUUUUCUAAAGAACUUUGAUCUCAAGACUCAUAGAACGGAAUAUCCCCGACUUGUCGAUCCGGAGACAAAAAUGGAAACUUCAAAAUACACAGGAUCUUGUGACUGUGGAGAUACUUUUGAUUUUCCUGUCUUGAUGUUUUUAAGAAAAUUAGACUUAGCUUCGGAAGAGUUUCCUGUUCAGACGAAACUUGAUAAUAACGUUACUCACUGCUCUGAUGAUCGUUGUCCGAAAGAAGGACGAAUAAUUCUUGUCGAGAGAGAAACUGGAAUGCCGUAUCUUUUAUCUGGAGCGAAAAUGAGUGUUUUCCCGGAAUCAGAGGCGAAUAAAGAAGAUAUUGAACCCUUCGAUAAUUCUUUUGAUCUUGUUCAGAUGAAUGGUUCGGUUGUUGCAGUUCAUGGCUGGAUUAAUCGAAAAUUGGACUUUGGUUUGGGAAGAUACUUCUUUUGGAAAUUCGCUGUAAUAAAUAUCGGCAGGCCGCUUCUUGCAAAUGAUUUUCUUCAUCACUACGAUUUUGUAGUAUCGUACAAAGGUAGAAGCGUUUUCGAUGAAGUGACUUCGAAGACUGUUGUUGGAUCGACUGAUUUUUGCGAAUGUCAAGCGAGACAUUUCUGGCCAGAUAUUUCUUCCAUGGGAAUCAAGUUCAAGUGGACGAAUAAAGCGUCUCCUAAUAGAAUGCGGCGAGGAACGAUGGAAGAUAGCACAUCAUCGGAUGAAGAUGAUUAUUUAAAAACAGAAUUACCGAGUCCAGUUGAAAGUUCGGAAAAUAUUUAAGAGGAUAUUAGAAUGAUCUGCAACUCCUUGGGAGUAAAAAAGACAUCUAGAACGUAUCUAUAGAAAACUAGUAGAAUCCUGCAAGUAUAAACGACAUUUUUUAUGGAGUUGUAUCUAGAAGUUUUAAAAGUGUUAUUUCACUCAAUGUAAAAGAUUUUUUGCGUUUGUAAAUAUGUUGCCUUUUAUUUUUUAACUUAAUCAAUGUUUAAAAAGUCUAACUUUUCUGAAAUUGACUAAAUAUUCUUCUAAUCUGAGUGAAAAUAUUUAAAAUUACUAAAUCGAGAAAAUAUUUUUUUACAUAUAAUUAAUAAAUCA